CUAAAGAGGGAGAGGGAGAGAGAGAGAGAGACUGAAAGAGAAAGAGAGGGAGGGAGAGAGAGAGAGAGAGAGAGAGAGAGCGCAAGAAAUGGGGGAGUGGUGGGAGAGAGAGAGAGGAAGCGAAAAAGAGAGGCUCCACACGGCAGAAUAUAAAUCUGUAUGUUAACAGGACUAAAGCUGGAGGUCUCGAAGCGGCUUUAGUGGUUCUGCUGGUGGGGGGUGACCAUACAGCAUCAAGAGGUGGUCUUCCCUAUUAACUGAGGAUCUGUGCAAAUAAGGAAGUGGAACCCGUGGGAGCUGUGAACGCCGGUUGUCAAGCACAGUGGUGGGCUGGUCGGAGGUCUCUGACCCCCUGAUUUUUAUUUCUGGAAGAAAAAAGAAGAGCCAAAAAAGACACGAGAGAAACAGGAAGGUGGCAGCGAGGGGACCAGUGAGCCAUUUCUCUCUUUAUUACUUCCAUUCACAAAACCAUUGCAUCCCAUUAUCACAGCGAUGUAGAGGCAUUCUCUACGCUUAGAGGAGGAAGGGUCCCAUUGACUGCUGAGGCUUAGCACCUCUCUCCAAACGCUAGCCCUUUUCAUUGCAGUCCCCCCCCCCCUCAUCUCUCGCCUCUAUCCUUACGUCUGCUAUUUUCUCUGUUCUCCUCUCUUUUCUUGUCCCUUGUAUUCUUGUCCCUUUUCACACCACUCAGGAAUCAGGAGGCAUUGCGUUUUGGUAGAAGUGGGUGUUUCUGGAGCUGUCAUUGUGUUUGGUGCCGCUACAAAGGACAGCUGAGCAGGGAGUGAGAGAGAGACGGCUUUGGAGAUAAUAAAACAGCAGCCUGAAAGAAAAGGGGGGACCUGGGACUACAGGAACAGCUGACAACCACUGGAAGGUGAAUUGGGAUGAAAAGAAAACUGUUACAGAGACUGACAACCAUUUUAAGGUAGCUAUUUGUUGAGACCAUUGCCACUUCUGGAGGGGAAUAAAGAAGCAGUGCAGCCAAACCAACACUGCCGUUUGGAUUCUCCUAUUGCUGUUGCUAAGCAAAGUCUUUAACCUGAAGUUCUUGGGCAGACAGUAUUGAGCAUCACUCUACAGCCAUGAAGGGGAGCUCAGAGGAAAGCAUUGAAAGCGUCAGGCCCUCCAACCUGCAAGCUUUUGCUAACAUAUCCACCCUACAUGGCAUGAGUCACAUAUUCGCCUAUGGGCACAUGACAUUCCGUCGGUUUCUUUGGAGUCUUUCCUUCCUCGGUUCACUAAGCUUAUUGUUGCUGGUCUGCAUGGAUCGAGUGUCAUAUUACCUGGAGUACCCUCACGUCACCAAACUGGAUGAGGUGGCGGCGACGAACCUCACCUUCCCAGCUGUCACCUUCUGUAACCUCAAUGAGUUCCGCUUCUCCAAAAUCACCAGAAAUGACCUGUAUCAUGUGGGAGAGCUCCUGGCCCUCCUCAACAAUAACUAUCAAAUAGCCAACCCACACUUGGCUGAGCCUGAGGUUCUGGCUGCCCUAAAGGAUAAGGCAAACUUCCAGAACUUCAAGCCCAAACUGUUCAACAUGACUGAUUUCUAUAACCGCACAGGUCAUGACAUCCGUGACAUGUUACUGCAGUGCACCUUUCGAGGAGAGGAUUGCUACCCGGUCAACUUCACCACAAUUUACACACGCUAUGGAAAAUGCUACACAUUCAACUCCGGAUUAGACGGCAACCCUUUGUUGACCACGUUAAAAGGUGGAACGGGGAACGGCUUGGAGAUUAUGUUGGAUAUUCAGCAGGAUGAAUACCUGCCUGUGUGGGGAGAGACAGAUGAGACCUCCUACGAAGCAGGCAUCAAGGUUCAGAUCCACAGCCAGGAUGAGCCGCCCUUCAUUGACCAGCUGGGAUUUGGUGUGGCCCCUGGUUUUCAAACUUUUGUGUCAUGUCAGCAGCAACUGCUUCAGUACCUCCCUCCGCCUUGGGGAGAUUGCAAGUCUACUCCCAUAGACUCUGAAUACUUCUCCACGUACAGCAUCACCGCCUGCCGCAUUGACUGUGAAACCCGGUACCUGCUGGAGAACUGCAACUGCAGGAUGGUUCACAUGCCUGGAACCUCAACAGUUUGCACACCUGAGCAGUACAAAGACUGUGCUGACCCAGCUUUAGACUUUUUGGUAGAGAAAGACAACGAUUACUGUGUCUGUCAGACCCCCUGCAACAUGACUCGCUAUGGCAAGGAGCUGUCCAUGGUUAAGAUCCCCAGUAAGGCAUCUGCUAAAUAUCUGGCUAAGAAAUUCAACAAAACUGAGCAGUAUAUCGGAGAAAAUAUAUUGGUCUUGGACAUCUUCUUUGAAGCUCUGAAUUAUGAGAAGAUUGAGCAGAAGAAGGCCUAUGAAAUUGCAGGGCUUCUCGGUGACAUUGGAGGUCAGAUGGGGCUGUUUAUCGGAGCCAGUGUCUUAACAAUACUGGAAAUAUUUGACUACCUUUAUGAGGUGUUUAAGGAUAAGGUUUUGGGCUACUUCAUACGCAAGAAACGACCACAGCGUUGUCAGAGCGACAAUCUGGAGUUUCCAGAGAACCCAACCAGCCCUGGUGUCACGCCUAAUCAUGCCCCCAGAGCACCUGUGACACCCUCCGGAGUCACUCGGACAGUCUCGGAUUCACGCCGAACAUGUUACCUCGUCACCCGACUCUAGGCAACUUUGAGGAGUUUGCUUGUUGACAACAUAAAGUAGGGGUUGGGGGUGGGGUGGCACAUCUGGGGACUUGACAGCAAACUGUGAAAUAAUUUAUGUAUUUAACAGAAAAACGGUUGAGUGUGUAACUCAAAAACGUAUAGUAGAGUUUAUCAAUGCCUGAAUAGAAAUAGAGUACUAUCAUCAGAAAAAAAGAGACCACUUCCAAAACAGAACUCAGGUUUAACUGCCAUGUCAAGGCAUCAGUGUUAAGUUAUUCAUGUGUCAUUUUCUUUUUCUUAUGCAGUCACUUUAGAGUUAUACAAUCGCUGAAGAAAAAUGUGAAGGGGUUUCUGAUCUGUGAUGAGAUGUAACACUGUUGUGCAAGUUCUGCUGUGCAUUAAUCCAAAAGAAUACAUGUGGAUUAUGUGUAGCUUUGCAGUUUCUCAACAGUGUUACGUCUCCAGCAUCUAAUCAAUGCUGUAUUGAGUGACCUUAUACUGUCACCAGUUUGAGCAGGAGAGCCUUUUCAGAAAUCUGAUGGUUGGAUUUAAGAGCUGCUCAUGCCUGAAUCAAAACACAAGACUGGUGUUUAAUGUUGCCUUUUGCUACCGUGAGGCUUUGGAUUGUCUCAUGAAUUAGACGACUGUGCUUCAUCAGUUAAAAAAAAAAAAAACAUAAAAGGAAAUUGAUUAUUUGUAUAUAUGCAAGUAUCUCGUUUUGUUCCACGUGGAUGGCAGAAACUACUGAAUCUGAUGUGUUUGUAAGUCACUUUUUACACUCAGUAAGGGACAAACAAGAGUCAGGAGGCCAAAAAUAGGCUGUUGAUUGUAUCUUUAUAUAGCUGACAUUUCAAUUCUCAUUGUCUUCCCAUUUUCUGGGAGAGUGUUGCUGUGCUGACUGUCACAAAAAAAAAUGCUAGCAUGCAGCUUGCUGCAGAAGUAGGCCCUUAUUUACAUUGAAUUCAUUAGAAGAGAAACAAUCAGGUUUUACUUUUUUGCCUUUUUGAUAAUUCUCAGCUACAUUUCUUCAUUACUGUGUCUUAAAGGUGUUCAUCAGCACAAUCCCCUGUGAUAGUAAUCUAUUCUCUAUUGAACAUACGUAGACUUAAAAAAGGCUGGUUGGUGACAUUCCUAAACUUGACAGAAAUUUGUAAAUAACCCGCAAUCAAAUGCCAUGAAGAAAUUCUAUACUGCUCAUGUGAGACAUUUGUCAAAUACAUAUAUAUCAAUAUAUCUACACAUAGAUAUAUAAAGAGAGAUACAAGUGUUUUUCAUCUGUUCUUACACCAGAAGGAAUUUGGACUUUCUAUCUGGGUGGACCGUAAGUGUCUUUGAGUUUCUGGUGAUUAUAACGUGACUGACAAACUAAAUAGACUUUAUUAGAUACAAGAGAAUUGCCUCAAAACAUCCAAACCACCACGCUCCUCAGCCCCAUUCAGUUCAAUUGAUUUAUAACAGAAAUGCAUUGUAAGAUUUUACCAUUGUAUCCUUUUAUUAUUAUUAUUAUUACUCCGGAACAUGUAAUAAGUCACAAAUAACAGUUUGUGAUGUAUAAAUGAUCAAGUAUAAUAAACUCUAUAUUUACCCAUCUUACUCACGUACACAACUUUUCUUCUUAUCUUCGUGUGAGUCUCUCUUGUUAAUGUUCACUGUUAUUUAAAUCCUUGACACUACAGUUAUGGACUUGUAGGUACACUUACAUAUCCUCGCUAUAAAUACUGGAAAUUCAGAGUACAGUUUUUGUUUUGUUUUUUAAUGUGAAACUUUCAAGUAUAAUGCCAAUCAAGUAAAGUGGUGUUCAUAACACUGUAGCUUUAUUACUCUGUUGUCUGUGUAUUAGAUGACUGUUGAUGUGAAGCACAAACCCUUGGAGAUCAGCCAUCACUUGAAAGCCAAUGACCGGACGUCUAUGGUUGUGACUACCUUUUAUGGCUCUAGUUUAAACUACACACUGUUACACGUUGGUGUGUUCACUGCUCCAGCAUUAAUAGGAUUAGGAGCGUACUCCAAGAGGAGCCAGAGACCACCUCACGAAGAGACUUUAUCCAAAUGGAAAUUUUACUUUUCAGGAAACAGAAAGAAAAAAAAGUGGCGUUGUGUCGUGAGCAAUAAAUGCACUGAAUCAGAUAAAGUGUUAUCAAAUUGACAUUAAAAAAGAAAAAAGAAAAGAAAAGAUUUGGGAUUCCCAUUUUCAAUUCAUGACGUACUCAACAGCUGGAAUGGAUGUAAACUGAACAGCUGCAACACAGAUGUAUGAUAUGACAAUUGUAUAUUAACCAUCAUUAGCCAAAUAAAGAGACAGAAAUGCCAAUUCAUGUUACACAAUGAUGCUAUUCUGAUGAUGCUGCAUUGCCAUGAUGAUUUCGAGUGUGUGUGCGUGUGUGUGUGUGUGUCCUGUUGUCGGGUUUAAAAAGCAUAAAAACGACCCAGCAUUUACCGCAAACUGUGGACGAAGGAUUUGUGAAAAAUGUCCCGGGUCUUUACCUCUCUCCCCCCACACCCCCUGCCUUACUACCAGUCACAGAACAGCAGAGUGUAUCUGAACUGGCAGCAACUCUUACUGAACUGUUUGUGCUCAUUUAGUAGUCCUGAUAUUUACCGCAUAGUUAUGGCCAAGUAGAAGACCGUAUUCUCUAUAUUUCUGUCACCCAACACCUAGAUUUGAACUAUUUUAUUCCUGCAAUUAAUCAUUUAUGUCACAUCACCCAUUUUCUUCCUUGCAUGACCAUUAUGUAUUCCUAUUAUCUCUGGUCUCUUAAUGUAAUCUUAGCCAUGCUAUUCACUUUGUAUGGUCCAAAAUGUAUUUUUGGAGCCAGAUGAAUUAAAACAAUGUUCUCCAUCCUCCUUAAACCAGGCUUGGGAUUGUGCAAUACCCCCCCC